AUGAGUGGAUUGACCAAUUCCAUCGGUCAUUCCACCGUGUUGAACAUUGGAGAAGUCACGUCUCCCCUUCACGCGUCGAACGGCUUCAAUACCCAACCUCCACCUUACCCUGAAGCUACGAGUUCAGCCUACGCCAAUGCUGGGUAUCCUCGAUCGAGACGGAAAUCAUUGUCCCAUAUCAAUCCGAACGGGAUCACUCGUCCCGAUCCAGAGACAUCACCAGAUGAAUCUUAUCAUGUCAAUGGCCAGACCGUCACUCUGGGUCCACAUAGCAAGGGGAAGAAGAAACGCUCUCGGACAGCUUCCUUCUCUUUACCAUUCCAUCGCCGUCGGAGAUUAUCCAAUGCGGGCUGGUCCAGAUGGUUACGCUUCUACGCCGCACACUAUCUCUCCACCCGAUGGGGCCAAAUUACCACCUUGCUGACUUUCUUCCUCUUUGCUAUCUUCCUUUGGCGACGAUACUAUGAACUGCAGCUCGAAGUAUCAGUCUUCUCGCAUCGCUGGGUCCGAACCGAGGUCGACAGUGUAUCUCCCCUACGAGGAUGUUUCAACCCUCCACACUUGUCUCCAUCGUACAACAUUCAACGACACAACGCACCGAAUCAACACAUCCUCACGCCCGGCGUAUCACUCAAGCGUGGCACUCAAUGUUACGACUUUUCAGCAACCAUUCAAUCAUCCCCUGAUAUCCCUCUCGAACCAUUGAUCUAUCAUACCUAUUGGCGAUCCGAUCUCAUCCCCUUUGGCGAGAGGCACACAGCGACGCUGUUAGCCUUUCUGGCCACUCAACCACUCACACAUUCCAAAUUGAUCCUAUGGACCAAUGGCGUGGACGUGGUAGCCAACAACUCGUUCGUCAAGCCGUUCUUGGAGAAAUGGGGCAGAUACAUUGAAGUCCGGGCUGUCGAUAUGGGUGUCCUUACCAGAGGAACAGAACUGGAAGGUAUUCUCAGCGGUAAUGAUGGAGGGGGUCUUUUCGAUCAACGAGCUUGGGUAGACGGCGACGCCGUGAGAUUGCUCGUCUUGUGGCAUUAUGGGGGGAUCUGGAUGGAUAUGGAUCAAAUCUUGACGAGGGAUCUACAUCCCUUGACAGAUCAGGAGUUUGUAACGCAAUGGGAUUGCUACGACAAGCCCUAUUUCGCUCUCAAUGGCGCCUUGAUGCAUUUCCGCCAACACUCUCCUUACCUAUGCGAAGCAUUCCACAUUAUGGCUUCCUCACCGCUGCCCAAACCCAACACGUUCACCUGGGGAUCCCAUCUCUACUCUAAACUCCAUCGAAGACUGUUGGCCAAUCAUCAGAAACCAUUUGCGGUCCUCCCUUGGUGUUUUGCAGAUCCUAGAAACUGUAGAGCCGAUAUACGGUUCCCGGAUCCCUUUGGUCCAGAUCCAGAAUAUUGGGGUGGAAGACGAUGGGAUGGAAGAGGAGAAGUGGGUCGAAGUGGGAGAGAAAUGUUUGAGGAAAAAGUCGGAUACGUCUUUACGAUUCAUCUUCACAACCAGUGGAAAAAGGACUUUACCAAGAACGGUUGGGUUAGCAAACUGUUAGAAGGGUAUCAGCGGACAGUGGAUUCGAUCGAGCGGCAUGGGAGGACGAUUAUUCGUGUGGGCACAGAGGGGGACGUAGGAGAAGUGGAAUGA